AUGGGACUUUUAACCCUCUAUUUUGACAUAACGGAAGAACUGUACGAUGAUCUCAAUGCAGAGAAUAUUGGCGUGACGCUGGGAAAGGAGAGAUUUGAGAAUUGCAAAUUUGGAUACCGCGAUUUUAUUUUGUCGACAAGUGUUGAUCUCAAAAAUGAAGAUUUUAACACGAUUAAAAUUGACAGAGAAAAUGCAGUUGAAAGAAGAUCCCAAAUUGAAGUCGCUGCCAUUUUUGUUGCAAAGAAAAACCAGCACUGGCGAAAAUUCGUGCCAAAGGAAGAAAACGGCGUCCCCUUUUAUUCCGAAGUGCAUACUUACGAGCUCGAAUUCGUCACUGCUUCGUCUCAAAACCCUUCUCGUGCAAAAGCUCUAGCCAUGGCGCUGUACAACUCGUCCGGAGAACCCUCCAAUCUUAUCCAUCUUGGCCGAGACGUCGAGCUCAGGGAUUUAUUCGUCGAUGAUUUGGAGUCUUCCGACUGGCUACUCGAUCAUAUCAUUGUUCAUAAAAUUUCUUUGAAUAACUUUGAUCAGCGAAAAACCUACCACAAAACUUUCCAAUACCAGCCUAGAUAUGUGAGGAGCAAAAAAGGACAACAGGUAAUCACAAUCUACGAAGAUGUCAUUUCUUCCACCUCCUCGUCAAAAAGCACCACUCCCGAUUUCGACCGCUUGCCACCAAAUGUCGACUCGAAAAAGAAGAAAAAGACGAACCAGCCGAUUCGACAUGAUAGUUUCAACAGCUUCUCUACUCUCAAUACAGAAAGAGACUACACCUUCGUCGACCUUGCUAAAAUUCGCUCUGGAAAGGUCCAGGAGUAUCCAAUUUCUACUGACGAUGUUUCGAUUAUUCAUCUCGAUCCAGAUUACGUUUCUGAAGCUGGCGAUCCUCCUUCGUGUACGACUUCUGUUUGCUCUGAGCCUCAAGUUCUCCCUCUAAGAAGUCCGGAAAGAAAUGUCAAGACAAACUUUUCUACUGUCGUUCUUCCGACUAAUUUUGGCAGAAGUGGCUGCCAAGUUGCCUAUCAACUGACUCUCAGAACUGGAAACAACAACAAGGAAGUCUACCUCAACCGACUCUAUUUCCGAGUCCUCGGCGAGGAAGGCUGCACCAGACGAAUUCUCAUCCCCUUGUCGACUUCAACCUGUUUUGGUAAAAAUUCCACCGCGAACUUGAGCUUCCACGGCAAAGAUGUCGGCAAUAUCACCGGCUGCGAGCUCUGGACAAGAACAAAAGAUCCCUAUUCCAAGCUAGACUUUGAGCUCCUACGGGUUCAGCGACAAUCGAAUGCUGCGAACAGAUUUGAGGUCAGAAAUGCGAGCUACAGUAGGGACAGACUGCAUCGAGGAGUGAUGGAAGGAGAGUAUGAUCACUCAGAUAUGAGGUCAGAAUAUUCCUUGGCUUGGAGCGGCGCGAAUAUCCAGCGAUCAGGAACAAGAUGGCGACAAGUGCCCUCCUUUUCCUCUUCAUCUGAGUCAGAAGCUCCAAAGAUUUCUACAAUUGCCGAGAGCAUCUCUUCCGAAUCAACAGUGUCCUUCAACUUCCAAGAAAACAACGUCGUCAAAGCAGCACCAAUAGUUCCCAAACCGAAGAGUGAAACUCCCACCAUCGUCGAAUCUGAAACAUCGUUUUCUGAUCAGGGCACCAAACCGGCAAUCAGUUUUCAUCAAGAGAGCUCGAAAGCGACCAAGUUUAAUUGGAGAGGAUUGAAGGUCGAAAGACAAAGGCGAGAUGGCUUUGAUAAGAUCCCCAUCCUAAUUAUCGUCCAAAACUACAAGGAAAUCAAGCAAAACAUCGAGCUUUACAUGGUCGAUUAUCAGCAAAAUAAAUCGAAGACCUACCAAGUGCCUGUAUCAAAAAGCGCUUGCUACAGACUCAAGGCUCAAGAAAAACGCUUCGAUCGAGUGAAACUGGCCUGCUGCCAGCCUCAAAUGGCCGAGUACAUUCCAUGCAUGCAGAUUGAUGAUCAGCUGUUUAUUCGACGCUUCAAAUCAAAUAGCUCGCUUUCGAUGCCAGCUCUUUACUCCCCGGGAACGAUUUACAGAGUCCAAGCUGCAAAUACUGACUCAAUGAAUAAAAUUUCAAAAGAUGGGGCGCUAGAAACUGAUCAUGGAGCGCUCAAAUACUGGAAGAAUGAUCCUGUCUCUCGAAGAGCGUAUUUUUUCGGACCGGCGGAGCUGCAAGAAAAGGACAAAAUUUAUUUGAAAUCGGAAUUUGAUGAUGUUAUCAGCAUGCGAUCGUACAGAACAUGCAGCAAUGUCGAUUCUAGUGGCAAAAUGCAGUGGAGCGAAGACCACGAAAUCAUGCGAGUGGCGGGAACAAAUGACACUUAUCAGCGAAAAAUCAUGGCGCGGUACAAGAUUGCUAUCGCUUUCAAUGAUAGCGAUCCAAACAGAAAAGCGCUGCUGAAAUUCACCGGGACCAACUACGCCUUCAAAUACGAUCUGUCCAAGCAUCACAAGGAAAAUUGCCUCAUCGAAAUGGAGCAUUUCAACAUCGGCUUCAUCCACAAGGUCGACAUUCAAACUUUCAGCGGGGGAGUUCGAGAAGAAAAACCAGCAAAUCUGAUUGAUUACGUGUUUAUCCAGUGCAAUGAUCAGCCGGGGCAGUUUUUGACCUGCCCGUCUGAUAACUUUGAGACGCUCAUGCCUGGGUACUUGUUCAAAGUCGACUUGGAGGCGGAAAAGGAUUACAAAGGAAAGAUGCUGAAUCUUCGACUCGUCGGGCAAGAUGGAACAGACAGAUUCUUUUCUUAUCCUGGCGAUGCAUUUUCGAAAGGAGAAACGAACCUCAUCUUCGGCGGCCCGUCGCAGUUCCGAGAACUGAUUCUAACAGGAGAACAAGGGCAAAAGUUCCCGGAAUGCUUCGAAGAAAUAACCAUCAGCCAAGCAAAAACCAUCACAUACGAGUCCGAUGAGGGACAUGAGCCGGAUUACAAAGUCGUUGAAGUCUUCAAUGACCUCUUCAACAUGAAAAAAGGAUAUGCUGAUAAAACGAAGACCUUUUUGAACCUUUCUGGCAUUCAAGUUUGA